UAGCGAGUCGACGUCUACAUCUUCGCCGACGACGACGUCGCGUCGAGACGCGUCCUCUAGCUCAGUCUCAAGGGCAUACCCCGGCGGUGCGGUGCUCCAGAUUUUAUUUUAUUCACUUUUUAAAGUACAUAUCAGUUUUUAAAGAAAUUUCGUAGAGUUCAUUUCGCCUAAGGUAUAGUAAGGCACAUAUUCUGUAGGGUCAGGGGGUCCUUUCAAGAGAAGGAAGAGGUCGGCCCUUCCCUUGAGAAGGAGCACCUUCUGUAGGGGAAGGACCUCGAGUUGCGGUGCGAACGUCGGGAUAAAGGGUCAUCGGCUAUUCUUCAACCGGUGUCCCCCCGCACGUUGUGGAGCCAUCAUGGAAUUUAUAAAGAUGGAUCGGGACGAUGACGAUUUCGGCGAGGGAUUUAUUGCAGAAUCUCACCCUCUGAGACCAACACAUCUAGCUCCACCUGGAAGAGACACGUCGAGAGCAGCCAGUAUCAGUAGCAGCGUCAGCGAUCUCGACGUUCCCAUUUAUACCAGAGAAACGACUAUACCUUUAUCUGCAAAAAGGGGGCUGAAUGGCCGGUUGAUUUUCGCCAUAGCAGCUGCAGCUCUUGGAUCUUCGUUUCAACAUGGGUACAACACCGGAGUGGUCAAUGCUCCGCAGGAGCUCAUCGAAGAUUGGAUUAGCGAGGUUAAGAUGAACCGAACAGGAGUUCCAACGAGUCAAUCAGAAGUGACGAUGAUCUGGUCCAUUGCAGUUUCGAUAUUCUGCGUCGGUGGAAUGAUUGGUGGCUCUUUGGUUGGUUACGUUGCGGAUCGAUUUGGCAGAAAAGGAGGUCUACUGCUGAACAACAUCCUCGUGGUGCUUACUGUGCUCUUCGAGGGGUCUGCGAAGGCAGCGAGGAGCUACGAAUUGAUUAUUGUAGGCAGAUUUCUAAUUGGUAUCAAUUCGGGUCUGAACGCGGGGCUGGCACCCAUGUAUCUGGCCGAAGUAUCACCGAUCCACCUCAGAGGAGCAGUUGGAACGGUUUACCAGCUGGUUAUCACCAUUUCCAUAUUGGUUGCGCAAAUCCUCGGGCUGGAACAGAUCCUCGGGACCAACGAGCAGUGGCCACUUUUACUUUGCUUGACAAUUGUUCCGGCGAUAUUCCAAGUCUGCACUCUGCCGCUCUGUCCUGAAAGCCCGAAGUAUCUUUUACUGAGCAAAGGAAAGGACAUAGAGGCACAAAGAGCUUUAUCCUGGUUGCGAGGUACCAUCGAGGUCCACGACGAGAUGGACGAAAUGCGUACGGAAUACGAAUCCGUAAAGCUCGUACCUCGCGUCACUCUGAAGGAACUCUUCGUGAAUCCUGCCCUCCGCAUUCCUCUCAUCAUCGCGGUUAUGAUCAUGUUUGCCCAGCAGCUGUCUGGAAUCAACGCAGUGAUGUUCUUCUCCACGAAGAUCUUCACGAUGGCCCAGCUGGACAAGAACGCUGCACAGUCGGCCACGAUGGGAGUUGGGGCGAUGAACGUAUUCAUGACCAUUGUAUCUUUGAUUCUGGUUGAGAAGGCUGGCAGGAAGACUCUCCUGCUGGUUGGAUUCAGCGGAAUGUUUAUAGACACCAUUUUGCUGGCAAUAUGCCUCACUUUCGCUGAUGUUUCUCGCGUGGCAGCGUACUUCUCGAUUGUCCUCGUCAUCAUGUUCGUCGUGCUCUUUGCAACCGGACCCGGAAGCAUUCCCUGGUUCUUGGUCUCCGAAUUAUUCAACCAAUCGGCUCGACCAGCUGCCACCUCAGUGGCCAUUGCCGUCAACUGGACCGCCAACUUCAUCGUCAGCAUAGGAUUCCUGCCCUUGCAGGAGGUCCUUGGGGCUUACGUCUUCAUUAUCUUCGCCAUUCUUCAAGGGUUCUUCGUCAUCUUCAUCUACAAGAAGGUCCCGGAGACGAAGAACAAGACGAUCGAGGAGAUUAGCAGCAUGUUUAGGCAAAUAUCUUACCAGUGAGGCGGAUGCCGGCGAACGAGUCCUUAAACAGGAAUUUCCGAUGAUGGAUUUUUAGCGUUAAUGUGCGCGUGCUUCUCGAGGUAUCCGCAGUUUGGCACGUGUUAUCUUCGCCUCUCAUUUUCGCUGGUCUGGAAGCGACUUGUUGCUUAAAAGGAGGGGCGACGUGCGAAACUGCGCAACUUUUCGAGUGGGGUUGAGUCUUUGAGCGAAGAGUGAAGCUUAGUUCCUAUUUAUUUUCCGGCACUGCAGUGCAAUGCACUAUUGCAGAGAGCGCGUACCUCAUAUUACUAAUCCGCGCAAAUGGAACGAUCGAAUGUCUUUGAUCGAGUCUUUUUUGGACUUGAUUUUCCUCGCGUAUACUUCGGUACACUUCGGGUACCACUUCGUACGGUCCAAGGCUCUAGUCAACGUGAAAACGUUUGUUUUACACCUCGUACGAUAUGAAAUACCUUUUAUCAUUUAUGUACGUUUCCAGGGCACAUAGUGUCAUAUCAUGUUCUGCUUUUUUUUGUAGACCAUUUUAACAGCCCUGAAAAAAUUUGCUUUUAUAUCAGUUUAAGUAGUACGGUUAAAUGAAUGUCCUUGGUGACAAUUUAUCCCGUGUAUCUGAACUAUCUUUAUUUUAUUUUAUUUCUUUUUUUUUUUUACGUAAAUGAUAUUUGAGAGAAAUAAUGAUUCCAAUUACCCAGCAAUAUAUGGAAGGAACUUAGUUUCUAAACGAUCACUCUGUUAUGAUGUUACGUGACAACAGUCCCAAUGUCAUUAUUUAUUAGAAUAUCUCAUGUUCUGGAUGUCUUGCACAUUACAUUGUGGAGGUAUUUGUGUCAUAAUAAUUGUACAUAUGGAUGUAGAUUAACGCUGUAUAGUUUAGAGAACAGUACAUCUAGGUGAAUACGUAGAUCAAUACCGCGCGAGAGAUGGAGACCGAUGUUAAUCGGGUUUCGUAAAGAUAAGGAAAUUGUUUUUGCGAGAACGCCGGAUUGCUCCACCCACUACUGAGUGUAUCUCAGGUAACGAGAGAUAUAUUUAUUUUUCGAAUGAUUGUUGCCCGACAUUACUCCUCGCUAUUUCGAGUGGUUCCGUCGUGCCAAAAUAAUACUCAAGUGUAGUAAUUUCGGUCGUACUCGGUGAACAUGUAUUUUUUCCACUUUUUCUUUAUUGAAUCGAUAUCGGUAUAUUGAUCUAGAACCAAACACGAUUUUACUGAAAAUGGCGAUGCGUUAGAUAUUUUUAAUCGUGAAAAACAAAUCGUCCGCAGAAGACGGGAAAUCCUGUAUAGUUGUACUAGUCGAAUACCGUUUAGCCCAAAAUAGUUUGUUGCAGAUUUUACAAAGACUGUAAAAAACCGUGGAUAUUUCACGGGGCACAGUAAAACGCAGUAAAAAAAAAAACUCAUUAUCGAUACUUUUUCAGUGGAAGUGGCCCUUUAACAAAAACUUCGCUGAUUAUGCGAAGCCCCUUUGUAUAUCGAUUUACCAAUCGUUAUUGUAUAAGUUUUUGCAAUGCAGUUUUAGCAUUUAGUGACUAGCGCAUUCUUUUAUAUACAAGACUAGUUUUCGUGUAGCGUCGAACUGCAUAUUCAGAUGGAUCAUACAUAGAGCAAUCAUGGUUUAUUCCAGUAAUACCGUAAUUUCUUAAUGUAUCAUGUUUAUCAAGGAACAUCAUUACCCCAGUCAUUAUAAUGUUUACAUUGUUUAAUAUGGUUCAGCAUUUGCAUGCAACGCAUUGUCAUUCGUCAUUGUACAUUGUACAUAUCUGUAAAAGCUUAUGAUUUACGUCAUUUUUGAUGCAAAUAUACUGUUGUACAAUUA